UCCUGUUGAGCUUGCUUUUUUGGCAGAGUAUACCAAGACUAUGAGCCCAAUUGCAAAGGCGCUUGAUGUUCUCCAGGGAGAGGCCAAUGUACAGAUGGGAUGGUUGGUACCUACAAUAACACUACUCCAGGAGAAGCUCCAGCACCUCUGCAUUUCCUCCAAGUCCUGUCGGCCUUUGAUUGAAGCACUUCUAGCAGGCCUUAAAAAACGUUUUGGACAGAUGCUUACAGAUCCAGAGCUAAUUGCCGCUGCCAUUCUUGUCCCCAAAUUCAAGACCUGCUGGACAAGUGAUGAAUGUAUCCUAAAACUGGGCCUUGACUACAUCAAAAGUCACCUGAAGGAACAAGUUGUGGUGAAUGAAGGUGAUACGUCCCAUUCCUCGGAGGAGGAGGACUUUUUUUCAGCACUCAAGCACUCUAGUUCCCAAGAAAAUACCAAACAGCUGGAAAUGUACCUGGGGUGCCCAGGUGAUACAAUGGAUGUACUGAAGUCUUUCCCAGCAGUAUGCCACCUGUCAUUGAGGCUUAACACGGCACUACCUGCCUCUGCUGCCUGCGAGAGACUGUUCAGCACUGCAGGCCUGAUUUUUACACCAAAAAGGGCCCGUGUUGAUGCCAUGAACUUUGAAAACCAGCUUCUUUUGAAGCUAAACAGAGAUUUCUGGUAGUUUGGUAUUCUUUCUCUGUAUCAUGCAAACACACAUUUACACU